AGGCAGGGAGAAAGAGACAGAAACUGGGCUAGGAUUGUUGGAGAGAACAGGACAAGACCUCAACAUCAUCGCUAAGCAUUCCUUGGCUAAGCCUUCCUCCCCUAUCUCCGAGACGCCGCUGGAGACUGAAGCACGCUUUCCACCAUCCUUUAAGACAGUAUCAUUUCCUCAGCGCUUCAGUCGAAACGCUAGUCGUAUCACCAUUCCAGAGCUACUUUUCCACCGUUUACUUGAAGUCCAUUCCUGUCUUGCUGGAUUAAGUGAGUUUUUGCGAGAUUCUCGCGUGCAUAGAAGGUUUCCACAUUGCACAAGUAAACUGGGCGAGCCACGCGAAAACGUCUCUUGUCGCUGACACUUACCGGACUUGAUCCGCUACAUGCCUAAUAAAGAGCGGAUGAGGGAGUCUGUGAAUUGAGAGGAGCAAGUGUCGAAAAAGAAGGGGCACCUAGAGGAUUCUUGAGAAGAGUGAAGGGAGGAGAACUUCCAGUACCUUGAGGAGAGGAGCGAAGAGACGCCAGGGAAGAUGGGGAGGAAAAAGAUUCAGAUCGCGAGGAUUAUGGAUGAACGCAACAGACAGGUGACGUUUACGAAAAGGAAGUUCGGGCUGAUGAAGAAGGCCUACGAGCUGAGCGUGCUGUGCGACUGCGAGAUCGCCCUGAUCAUCUUCAACAGCACCAACAAGCUGUUUCAAUACGCCAGCACCGACAUGGACAAGGUGCUGCUCAAGUACACCGAGUACAACGAGCCGCACGAGAGCCGGACGAACUCGGACAUUGUGGAGACUUUGAGGAAGAAGGGCUUAAAUGGCUGCGACAGUCCAGACAUCGACGCCGAUGACUCCGUCUGCCACAGCCCCGAGUCCGAGGACAAGUACCGAAAGAUCAACGAGGACAUCGACCUCAUGAUCAACAGACAGAGACUAUGUGCUAUCCCCCCCUCUAACUACGACAUGCCAGUUUCCAUCCCUGCAAGCAACCCCAACAGCCUGAUCUACAGCCACCCAGGCGGUUCCCUGGGCAACCACAACCUCCUGCCAUUGGCACACCCCUCCCUCCAAAGGAACAGCAUGUCUCCCGGAGUCACGCAUCGCCCACCCAGUGCAGGAAACUCAGGUGGCCUUAUGGGUUCAGACCUCACCAACAGUGCAGGCACCAGUGCUGGAAACGGCUACGGAAACCACCGCAACUCCCCCGGUAUGCUGGUCUCUCCGGGGAGCAUGAACAAGAACCUGCAGGCCAAGUCCCCCCCGCCCAUGAACCUGGGCAUGAAUAACCGCAAGCCGGACCUGCGCGUGCUCAUCCCGCCCGGCUCCAAGAACGCCAUGCCCUCCAUCUCUGAGGAUGUUGACCUGCUAUUGAACCAGAGAAUAAAUAAUUCACAGUCUGCCCAAUCAUUGGCCACCCCAGUGGUUUCUGUAGCAACGCCAACUCUACCAGGGCAAGGAAUGGGAGGGUACCCAUCUGCCAUUUCCACCACAUAUGGUACUGAAUAUUCACUCAGCAGCUCCGACCUGUCGUCUCUGUCGAACUUCAACAGCUCCAGCAGCCUCCACCUGGGCUCCAUGACUGGCUGGCAGCAGCAACACCUGCAGAACAUGCAGCACUCUGCCCUGGGGCACUUAGGAAAUUGCACUAGCACUCACUUAUGUCAGAGUUCAAAUCUCUCCCUGCCUUCUGCUCAAAGCCUGCACAUCAAGUCAGAACCUGUUUCUCCUCCUAGAGAUCACCCCGGGGUCACGCCCGCGGGGUACCCACACCAGCAGGCCCCGUCGCGCCAGGACUCGGGCCGCUCGCCCGUCGACAGCCUCAGCAGCUGCAGCAGCUCGUACGAGGGCAGCGACCGCGAGGAGCACAGGAACGAGUUCCACUCGCCCCUGGGACUGAUGAGGCCCUCCCCCGAGGAGCGGGGGAGCCCGUCCGUCAAGCGCGUGCGCCUGACCGAGGGCUGGGCCACAUGAUAACUCAGGCACUCUUUCUAUCGGGAGCGCGGGCUCAACGCACGCGCCGUCCUGUCCCCCGUCCCCCGUCCCCCGCCCCCUCCCCCUCCCCUGCUGCUCUCUCGCUCGCUCGCCCGCCUGCCCGCCCGUUCCCCGCCUGCGCGCUCGAUCCAGGAGGGGUCCUCGUUUUUCGAAAUUUACGUUUUGUUUUAUUCACUUUUUUUGCAGAGUGUGUGUGCUGUUCAUAUUAAAGUGUUAUAUAAAAGUUGUUAGGGGGACUUGCUGGGGUUGGAAGGGGCGGGGCCAGGAAAAUGUGAGGGCCCCAAGGGGUGGCGUGAGAGGUGAUGCUUAUUACUUGUGUGGCGAAAAAAAGAGAAAAACUUAUACACGGCAGCGUGUAUUUAUAUAAAGAAAUAAAAAAGUCAGGUACUCUGUUUUGUAAAACUACUCUCAAUUUCAGUGAUAUGGCAUAAUUCAAUGAAUGAAUGGAAGCAUACAAUUGCCGUGUUAGCAGUCAAGCCUUUGAGACGUACAACUAAUACCCGUGUACAGCUUGGGUUUUGUUUUUUUGUUUUUUUGCUGCCAUCUUUUCUCUGCAGUGUGCUCUUGCAAAAUGUAUGUUACAUUAGAUAAUGUCAUGUUGCAGGUUCAACGUAUUUAUGUAAAUAAAGGGGCAGGGAGCGUUUUCAAAGUUUCCAGACUUUGCAGGUUUAUUUACAAAAAAGAGAGAAUAACGCUGUUAUGCAACUUUUGAAGGAUUAUACAGGUAUACCUGAAGACCCAUAAGCUGAACCCAUGACAAAUACAAUGUCUCAAUUGAAGUAUGGAGCUAAUUAUUGUCAUGAUCAAAAGGAAUUCAGUAAAAGUGGACCAUACUUUUGUUUAAGAGCCAUGUUAUAUAAUUACAAGGAAUCUGGGUCUUGCA